AGUCCGCCACAGCUAACGGACCGUCGAGUCGAGCGGAUCACAUUCUCCGAGCCGUCGAACCGCGGCACCUCGCAGAACAGGGAUCAUGGACUUCUAACCGAGCUGCUGAAUCAAAUAAUCAUACAAAUUAUUUACCCUUAGGCGUAGUAUCAUUUUUCAUUUAAGGGGUUAUCCAUGAGAUUCUUCAGGCUUACCUUUAAGUGCUUCGUCGACUGCUUUUGAAUCUCCUCCUUGUCAACGGCUCAACUGACCGCGGCGCUUUGUGACAUUUUUUCCAUCUCUUUCGGCUGAGCUGAGGGGUUCCAACGUGUGAUAUUUAAAAAAAAAAAAAAAAAAAAAACUGAAUCUUUUUUAUUAUUUCAGAGAGGAGAAAUAACAAACUCAGAUAACAACAAGAACAAUUGGAGGAGUGUAGCCUACACUGUGGCUACAUCUCUCUGUCUCCCCCUCUGAGCCAGCCGGGUACGUUUUUUUCAAACAAACAUAUUCUUUAAAAAAAAAUUGAAAGCUUCCCCCUGCCAUAACAAAAACAACCAGCUUCUUUCUUCACCUAACAUGUCACCUGAGUUGGAAGAGAACAGCCAAGAUGAAAUCAGUGUCUCCCAAACGGAGGCAGGGGCCCUGUCCGAGGAGGAGGGCGGGGGGUCAGCUCGCCCCCUGGUGCCGGUGCUAGGUGCCGACUCAGGGUGUGGAGAGGGUGGAGGGGCUGGCCCACCGCAGACCCAGGACGGGGCCACAGCAGGGACCGGGAAUGGAACCCUGGUGGGACAGGAAGGAGAGCGAGAGACCUGGACCAGACAGAUGGACUUCAUCAUGUCCUGCGUGGGAUUCGCUGUGGGCUUGGGCAACGUGUGGCGGUUCCCUUACCUCUGCUACAAGAAUGGAGGAGGGGUUUUCCUGAUCCCCUACUUGCUGAUCGUGUUCAUCGGGGGAAUCCCUGUCUUCUUCCUGGAGAUCGCACUGGGCCAGUUCAUGAAGCAAGGAGGAGUCUCUGCGUGGAACAUCGCUCCGCUCUUUAAGGGUCUGGGACUAGCAUCAAUGGUGAUUGUGUUUUUCUGUAAUACCUACUACAUCAUGAUACUGGUGUGGGGCCUCUACUAUUUCUUCCACUCUUUCACUGACCCACUGCCGUGGGCCACCUGCGGACACCCUUGGAACACCCCCAACUGCACACAGGAUUUCCGACGCGCCUGCCACAACCGUAGCGCUCUGCCAACGCCUUCUGCCUCCCCCUCCAACUUCUCAUCCACCCUGCCCCCGCUGAACCUGACCUCCCUUUUCCUGAUCAAUAACAGCUGCAUGGAGGCUGAGGGUCUGCGCUCCCCGGUCAUCGAGUUCUGGGAACGUAAAGUGCUCCGUCUCUCUGGAGGCCUGCAUGAACCCGGUGCGAUCAGCUAUGAGAUGGUGCUGUGUCUCAUAGCCACCUGGGUCAUCGUUUACUUCUGCAUAUGGAAAGGAGUGAAAUCUACUGGCAAGGUUGUGUACUUCACAGCACUGUUCCCCUACUUAGUUCUGGUGGUUCUUCUGGCUCAUGGAGUCAGCCUGCCUGGAGCUCUGGAUGGAAUUGUUUACUACCUAAAACCAGACUGGUCCAAACUGGGAGAAGCACAGGUGUGGAUUGAUGCUGGAACUCAGAUUUUCUUCUCCUAUGCCAUCGGACUUGGUGCCCUAACUGCACUGGGCAGCUACAACCGCUUCCAUAACAACUGUUACCAGGAUGCAUUUAUCCUGGCUCUUAUCAACAGUGGAACCAGUUUUUUUGCUGGUUUCGUUGUGUUCUCUGCUCUGGGCUUCAUGGCUGCAGAACAGGGAGUGGACAUCAGCAAAGUGGCUGAGAGUGGCCCAGGCCUGGCUUUCAUAGCCUACCCCAAGGCUGUGACGCUGAUGCCUCUGGCACCGCUUUGGGCAGCGCUGUUUUUCUUCAUGUUACUCGUACUGGGCCUGGACAGUCAGUUCGUAGGGGUGGAAGGCCUGAUAACAGGACUCAUGGACAUGCUGCCUCCUAAAUCUGCCCUUGCCACAUUGAGACGAGAAGUAGUUGCUGCCAUCUGCUGCAUCAUCUGCUUCCUUAUUGACUUGUCCAUGGUCACAGAGGGAGGGAUGUAUGUAUUCCAAAUUUUUGACUACUACUCUGCCAGCGGCAUCACUUUGUUGUGGCAGGCCUUCUGGGAGUGUGUCGUGAUCGCAUGGGUUUAUGGCGCAGACCGUUUCAUGGAUGACGUGGCUCGUAUGAUUGGUUAUCAGCCCUUACCCUACAUGAAGUGGUGCUGGUCCUAUAUCACGCCUUUCGUCUGCGUGGCAGUGUUCCUCUUCCACGUGGUGAACUACCAACCCCUCACCUACAACACGGUGUACACCUACCCUCUAUGGGGAGAAGCACUUGGAUGGGCACUGGCUCUUUCUUCUAUGCUCUGUAUUCCUCUUACUGUUCUCUACAAGCUGCUGCGGUGCAAAGGACCUCUGCGUGAGCGGUGGCAAAACCUAACUACCCCCAUCUGGGGCAGACACCACCUGGAGUACUUGGCGCCAGAAAGCGAGGCCAAGCUGCUGCCCGCUGCAGAGACGAAGAGCACCCUCCUCUUUGAGAGUGUAAUCUGACGACCUGAUCUCAGCAACACAUGUCCACUAAAACAUGCACAAACGCUACAUUGGCCUUGUCUGACCUAAACACAAAUCAGUAAAACACUCUACAAUUUUUAAAAUGUACAAAAAGAAAGAAAAAAAAAGAUCCUGGGCAAAUGGACCAAAGAAAACACUGGAGAAGAACUGAAACACACCUGCAUUCAUGAAGUCACGCCCUCUGCUCUGUUUCUUUCACUCUACCUCGCUGACUCUGCUCUCUGUCCACCCCCCCCCCUGCCUUCGUGCUGUCUCGUCCCUUUCUCGUAUUGUGGGUGUUAUCGUGUCUCCCAUAGCUGCAGUGUCUCCCCUCUCUGCACCUUUCUGUCAGUAUAUAUAAAGCCAAACAAAAAGGCAUUUUGUUUCACAUGAGCAGAAACCUCUGGUUAAAACUGUCGAGAUGAACUCCCAUCAUGUCUGCUGGUGAAAUCCCAUCGUCAUAGUGUUUAUGCAUGUAGCUGCAUGUGUGCCCGUGCCCUGUGUAUCUGUACGUGCGUGGGCAUUUGCAUGUGUAUGUAAGGGAGUGUGUGUGUGUGUGUGUGUGUGUGUGUGUGUGUGUGUGUGUGUGUGUGAGUAUGUUGGACCAUGGCAGUGUUACCUUCAAUUACAUGUCACAUUGCCUAUGGACAGUAAUUUCUGCCAGCUGUAUUCACUCCAUUCAGUGUAAUUAAAAUGACUUCCAUUUGUUUAAAAAAAGAAGAAAUGAAAAGAAAGAAAAUAUAUAAUCACAACAAGACAAUGCCGCACCAUUUCCAGCUGUGUAUUAUAAACUAACUUAAGUAUCUUGUGUAUUGUAGUGUUGUGAAUUAGUGUUAUUUUGGGGGGGGGGUUAAUGAGGAUUAUUAACACGUUUAGAGAAGAGAAUAACAUCCAACUGAGCUGUGUACCAAGCACGAGAAAGAGAUGUUGAGAUGGAACAGAGAGAAGCAAUAAACAAUCAGAUGAAGAGAUGUA